CAAUCGAGUGCACAGGUGAACUUGAUCAGGCGGGGUGUUACGACUCCUGGACAUGGGGAUCCAUCGUUCCGCCUUCCCUCGUUAGGUUUAUUUGCCUACGGAGAAGUGAAAUCGUCGCGAAGUCUCGAAACAUCUUCAUUUGUUGGCAACCGCUGUUGAUAUGGCGCAAGAAGCACUGCCAUUCAUUGAAGGGCAGAUAUCAUAUCUGAAUUCGGUCGAGCUUUAUAAGACCGAGAAGCCGUUCAUCUCCUCCGUUCCGUUCCUGGUCAGCGAGGGAAAGAAUUCGAACAUCGACGAAAGUAAACACAAUGUCAAGAUCUUCGACGUUCGUGGGCACGAAGACAGUUUCAGACUCGGGACCCAUGGCUUCCAAUACGUUACGCACGAGUUCGUUGCGAAACCCGAACGCAAAAUUGAUGGCCCCGGCCAUCCGUACAUCAACGAAGUAACGAAUCUCCUAAAGAACAUACUCCAUCCGAAAGCUGUGGUGGUGUAUGACUGUAACGUCCGUCGCAUUGGAGAUUUGGACUUCUUCCAGCCAGCAACCUCUGCCCACAUAGAUCACACUCCGCGUAACGCCCUCUUCCGAUUCCAGGAAGCGAUGAAACUGUACGGGGAGGUAGAAUUUGAUCGAUGGCAAGCAUAUACUGUCUGGUGCCCUUUGAGUCACCCUGUCAUGGACUGGCCUUUGGCUGUCUGCGAUUUUCGAUCGGUUGACGCUGAGGAAGAUCUCGAAAUGGUCGAUACUGUGUUGCCCCACAGAGUCAAUGAGAUAUAUCACCUGCGCCACAACAAAGCUCAUCGCUGGUACUAUCUAAGUGACCAGAAACCCAGCGAGGCACUGAUAAUGAAGAUUCACGAUUCAAAGGACACCGAUUCACGUUUUUGUGCUCACGCUUCUUUUCGAGCGCCGACAUUUGACGCUCGAAUGCCGAGAGAGAGCAUAGAUGUACGGACAUUCGUAAUGUACUGAUUCUAAUAUCGUUCAUGAGAGAGAAAGAUAGUUCGAGGAUGGCAAGAGAUAUAGCAACAGUAAAGUCAAUUCUAGUAGCGACAGUAUCUC